GAGGAUUUAUCUGCGGCGGUUGCCGGGGAACAGGUUCCAGUGGCGGCUGUGUCUGCUGCGUGGAUCCCGCUGCGCCUGGUGGCAGUGCGACGCCGGCCAUGGCCCCGGAAAGCGAGUGCGAGACUGACCUGCGCGUGCUGGCCGCCGGCAUCCCGCUGCCGCCCCCGCCGCCCCCGCUGGGCAGGGACCCCGCCGUGCCGCACGCCCCCGUGCGCACACACCGCCUUACCACCGACCAGAAGAGGCUGGCGGUGAAGAACGCGCUGCGCUACUUCCCGCUGGAGUACCACGCCAGGCUGGCUCCAGACUUCGCCCAGGAGCUGGACGAGUACGGACACAUCUACAUGUACCGCCUAAUGCCCAAGUUCCCUGUCAGGGCUUAUCCACUGCAACUUCUGCCUGCCCGUUGUCCAGAGGCGGCGGCCAUCAUGCUGAUGAUCCUCAACAACCUGGACCCGGCGGUGGCGCAGUUCCCACACGAGCUCGUCACCUACGGGGGCAACGGACAGGUCUUCUCCAACUGGGCACAGUUCUGGCUGGUGAUGCGCUACCUGUCUUCGCUGGAGCGCGACCAGACGCUGGUGCUGUACUCGGGCCACCCGCUGGGGGUGUUCCCGUCGCCCGCGUCGGCGCCGCGCCUCGUCAUCACCAACGGUAUGGUGGUGCCCAACUACUCCACCAGGAAGCACUACGACGACAUGUUCGCUCUCGGAGUCACCAUGUACGGCCAGAUGACCGCGGGAAGCUUCUGUUACAUCGGGCCUCAGGGCAUCGUCCACGGCACCACGAUCACGCUGAUGAGCGCGGGCCGCAAGUACCUGGGCUGCGACAGCCUGGCGGGCAAGGUGUUCGUGACGGCCGGCCUGGGUGGCAUGAGCGGCGCGCAGGCCAAGGCCGCCGUCAUCGCCGGCUGCGUCGGCGUCAUCGCAGAGGUGAGCGAAGAGGCGCUGCAGAAGCGGCUACGCCAGGGCUGGCUGUGCGAGGUGGAGGGCGACCUCAACAAGCUGAUCCAGCGCAUCAGGGAGGCCCGCCGCAAAAAGGAGGCGACCAGCAUUGGCUACCACGGCAACAUUGUGAACCUGUGGGAGCGACUGGUGAGGGAACUUCGCGAGAAGGGCGACCUGCUGGUGGAUCUGGGCUCGGAUCAGACGUCCUGCCACAAUCCCUUCCAGGGCGGCUACUACCCUGUGCAGCUCGCCUUUCAUGAGGCGCAGAAGGUGCUGUCUGAAGAGCCGGAGCGUUUCUCGUCGAUGGUGCAGGCGAGCCUGGUGCGGCACGUGGAGGCGGUGAACGAGCUGUCGGCGGCCGGGAUGCGCUUCUGGGACUACGGCAACGCCUUCCUGCUGGAGGCGCGCCGCGCGGGCGCCGACGUCGAGAAGGCGGGCGCCGGCCCACUCGCCUUCCGCUACCCCACCUACGUGCAGGACAUCAUGGGGGACAUAUUCUCGCUGGGAUUCGGGCCUUUCCGCUGGGUGUGCACCUCGGGGCUGGAGAGCGACCUGCAGACCACGGACAAGCUCGCAAUCGAUGAACUGGAGACUCUGCUGAAAGACGAGAGCGUGGGCUACUCGACGCGGGCCCAGUACGAGUCCAACCUGGAGUGGCUGCGGCGCGCGGAGGAGCACCGGCUGGUGGUGGGGUCGCAGGCGCGCAUCCUGUACGCCGACCGCGAGGCCCGCCGCCGCAUCGCCGCCGCCCUCAACGACGCCGUCCGCAGCGGCGCCGUCAAGGGCCCCAUAGUACUCAGCAGAGACCACCACGACGUCAGCGGCACUGACAGCCCAUUCCGCGAGACAUCCAACAUAGACGACGGCUCCGCCUUCUGCGCAGACAUGGCCGUGCAGAACUGCAUCGGGGACGCAAUCCGCGGAGCCACCUGGGUCGCCCUGCACAAUGGCGGUGGCGUCGGCUGGGGCGAGGUGAUAAACGGCGGCUUCGGUCUUCUGCUGGACGGAUCGGAGGACGCGGCGAAGCGGGCGCACACCAUGCUGGCCUGGGACGUCAGCAACGGAGUCGCUCGCAGGUGCUGGUCUGGAAACGAGCUGGCUCUGGAGGCUACGCGCGUGGCCAUGAAGUCGGACCCUCGUAUGGAGGUGACGCUGCCGCACCAAGCCUCGCCUCAGCUGCUGAACACUCUCUUCCAGUGACCUGUGCCGCCCCAGGACACGCAUUCAUCGCUGGGACUACCUCAUCGGUGUUCAGCUCAAUCAAUGCUUCCUCUCACUAGUUGUCAAAAAUGUGACACUCAUCUUCCUCUGAUACAUUUGUAAUUUUUCAUUGCUUUCUUAAUCGAUUGUGAUUUAAAGAGGAAAUAUGUUUGUAUGUGAAGAAUUAUCUCGCAGCAGCGCUGUGGUAUGGUUGCUGAGCUUUUUGAUUCUGUACUCGUAAUGGUUUCUCUUGCCGCGAGUUCGUUCGUGCAAGAGUAAUUUUUAUCACAUUUUACCAUAUAUUCUUCUGGUUUCCUCUUUUGAGUUUUGGUUUACUCUUUUGUCUUUCCGGUGCGAUGACUCAAAUAUCUGGUCUCAUAUAUCGAGGCGUUUUAAAGAGAUUUAUCCGAUAUCAAACGACUGUAUCUCCUACAUGAAUUACAACUAUAUCAGUAUUCUUUUUCAUUUAACUCCCGUACUGUUCUUCCAGUACUUACUUUAAUGUCAGUGGCAAAAGAUUGAGAGACAAGACACCAUCCGAUAGCUUUUACAAAGCAUGAAACUUCUGCCAGCUACUGUCCUAUUUCUUCCAAAAUAUUUAAAGUCGUUGUUAAUAUGUCAACUUUUACAAGCCAACUUCUUUGCCACUUGUUCCAAACACUCCACUACCUGGUAGCUUUUUGAAAGCAUGAAGUUUCUGCCAAUUACUUCGCUAUUUGAUCUAAAAUAUUUAAUCUCGUUGUUGGCUGUAACAAUGCAUGGGGUUUCUACUAACUACUUUGCUGAAUGAAGUUUCUGCCAACUACUUCGCUAUUGGAUCUAAAAUAUUUAAUCUCGUUGUUGGCCUGUUAUCUGUAACGAAGCGUGGGGUUUUACAAACCACGAAAUUACUGCCAGCUUAGUCUAUUGCUCCAAAUUACUUCAUCUCGCACAUCACACCUUUAAAAGAAGACCUUAAAUAUAUGAACUGUCCGAUUAAUUUCGCCUGCGAGUUCUCUUCCAAAGCAACAACUUUUUUUUACUUAUAACUGUAUGUUGAUUCUUGUUAUGAACAAGUGACGCUUUUAUUUUGUUCACUUUGCUGUCAUUGUUUUUCGGCGUCCAGAUGGUGAUGCUGCUAUCUCUGAUCGCUGAUUUUGCUAAGAUGGCACGGCGUCUUUCUUAAUUUUACGCGAAUUUACUAAAAUGAAUGUUGACCCUCUUGGGCACAAACUGGCUUCAAUCAAACAAAUUAUCUGAAAAAGUGCAAAUAAAAUAUCCAGAUGCUUUGAAUUUUCUCGGAGUCGCCUAUUUUCAGUAUUUUAUCGCAACCCACAAUAAAUAGGGUGUUUCACAAUUUCUGUUAGAUGCUUCUAGGAGAUGUAGAGGGGACAUUGUAUACAAAGUUUCGAAAAUGUAACGUAUUGAUGUAAAAUAAAUCUGAAGAUCGAAUCACUUUGAAAUCUCUCGCUUCAGAGUACAAACAUACGGACACAAUGAGCUCUGACCCAUGUGAUGAACAAUGGCCCAUGACAUGGGCAGUGUUGCGAGUAGUCUUUAUCAGGUUCUCCUCUACGUGUCAAAUGACGUUAUCUCCGAAGUCCGGAGUACAGCGCGCCACAGUCAGUCCUCCUACAUAGUUCCAACGUACCACUCUUUCAGGCUGCCAUUGUUGCAGUCGCUCUAAAAUGUUACUUGAUGUCUUAAUUACAACAAGGACUGACUCAUCUCAGUUAGUGUGAGUACCGCGAGCCCGGAAAUUUGAAAGCGAGCCGUUCUUCAUAAACUGUACAGUUCCGAAUUUGAGUUCCUUAUAAAAACUUUAUCUAGUAUUUCCCCUCAACAGCCUGCAGAAGCCAGUUAUAGGAAUUAUGAAUAUCCUAUAUAAUUGUAGGGGCGCGUACCUUUAUUAAAAGUAUAACACACGUAACGCAACUAGACUUGUCGUAUUUUCACAAAGUAUUAUUUAGUAAUCAAUCACUUCUCGGCGCAUUCAGUGAAAAGCCACAUCGUCCCAUCAAUCACAGCUCACACAUCAGCUUCUCUAUGAUCAUAAAUCUCUUGUAGAAACUCAACAACUUUAACCACUUCGAAUCAUACGUUUCUUUACCCCAUCUCCAUAGACACCUCUUUCCCUAUCUUCACACAUUCGAUGUCCAGGAAACGCUACACCAAACGUCUUCUUUUCGCUCCCUCCUUCCACUUUCCUGCAACUGUCCGUUCCUCUGAUUUUACCCAGAUAUUAAUCUCCCUGGGCACAGCACCCAUACGACAGAAAAUGUACAUGUAUAAAGUACACAUACACACAAAUUUACGUGUUUCAGGUAGCACAGAUAUUAGUUAAACAAAAAAAGAGAAAAUAUAUAAUUAACACGACAGAAAAACUAUGUCACACAAUGAAGAUAGAAACACUGUGUAAAUUUCAGCUUACGCAUUGGACUACAAAGUUAUUAUUUUCAAAAUAACCAAUUUACAACAAUUUAUAACUUUGGGGUAUUUUUUCAUUUCACAUUUAGGAUCAAAGUUUUUAUUUCCCUUUCACAAACUCUCAAUUAACUUCCACAGGACGCGCGACACACAUAGAGACGGUAGUGAAGCUCGUCCCAUACUUUUCCAAGCACACGUGUAGUUAAUGCACUUCCUGCUGUUGAAAUUCACACAAAGCUUUUGAUAGAGGAAGGAUAUACGAGAAUUUCAAAGCUCACAUACGGUGAGAUCAGGCAACCCUGAGGACGAAUUCUGCAAUGUGAGAUCCAUAGACCCCUGUAGGAGUUGCAGCAGCGUUCUCUAGAUGAAAAGUUGUGAUUGAAGUCGAGAAUGAGAACUGUCAUCUCGACUGGGUGCAUACUGGCCAAUGAACAAGCGAUCGUGCUGGUUGCCACAGGGAGACCCCGACUGCCAGCUUACAACUGGCAUCAAGGUGUACCCUUAACAAAAAACCGCGCGUAUUGGUCAUCACCGACUCCCUUCAAAUUUAUGGUGUAUUCGGGGCAAGACCAGAAAUGAAAGUGACGACCGUGGGAGCCCCAGAUGGCCAAGCGUUGAGAAAAAAUAGCAAUUUCGGCACGGGGGCGGCGAAGCUUGAACCGUUUAUGUUGAUGUAUUUUCCAGGAAGUGUUUGGCGCAGUGGAAAGAUUAAAGAACAGCAGUUUGAGAGUCAAAGGGUUGAGUAUGUACCGGGAAACUAUUUACACUGCAAAUAAACCACAAUAAUGCUCAGUAUAAUGUAUUAGUUAAUACUUUCAUAACAAGAAUGAAAAGGAAAGGAAUAGGAUAAAUAGGGAUUGCAAAUAAUUUCCCAGGAAGCGAUUUUAAGGCGUACACCAGAACUUCGUAUUUAAAAUUAGAUACUUUUAUUGUUUAUGAUAUACACGUGCUGGAAUGAUUUUCAUCCUAAAAACAAGGUAGCAAUAAUUAUCUCGGCGUUUUGCUCACGUUAUGAACGACAAAUUUUUACAAUUACGUGGUUAUUUUGAAGUUUCUAUGGAGAAACAAACCUGGUUCACAUUCAUAAAAGAUUCUCUCUCAUCGUAAGUUUGGCAGCAGACCACGCACAACGCAAAAUUUCGCCAAAUUUGGCUACCAUAGCUUGUGAUGAACAGUAGAAUGUAUUUUGAUGCAGUCUUCUCAAAGCUCAAAGUGAAACUUAUGGAAUACGAAGUCCUGUGCGUUUUAAUUACUAUAAAUUCGUAAAGUGUUAGUUGCGGAGUUCUCAAGGAUGCUAUAAGUACAAUCCUUUCUUCGAAAUUUAUUUUCAAUCCAAAAUUUUCCUUUGCCUCACAUCUAUAGUUCUCACUCCCAUCACUUCCAUUUCUGGCCUAUUCAUGCAGAUACCACAAAGUUUCCAUACAAUAAGUUUAACGUUACUCAAAGCUUGUAUCUUCAUUCACCUAGAAGCUAUAGUUCUGUGAAAUCGGAUGAACCUUUUUGAAACACGCUGUAUUUCCCUAUAGAAUUCGCUUUACAUAGCCGACCAACUAGACCGAAUUCUAUGCACAAAAAAAACAUCUUUUAACGCCAUGCGACGAUCAAUAUAAUUUUCAAGAUCUCACAGACAAUACCAUCUACUCAUUAAUUCUCAGCACUGGCAAAGCUGCCGAAUGAAAGAUAUCAUUCAGCUCUUAAGUAUCAUUUACUAAGGUCCUACAAAAACGACUGUUAGUUACGCACUUUCUGUCACUGACAUUUACAGUAUUAGUGAUCGCGUCAGUACGAGUUAGCUUUAGCAGAUAAGAACUGGCAGCUCUAGCGGUUAUCGAGCAGUAACUGAGUAAAUUUUACUCGAUAUCUGGGUAAUCCAGUUGGUGAGAUAAAGGACUUAGCGUCCCUCUCGACGUUUGUCCCUCGUCGAUUCCACUAUCUUAAGAGAUUCUUUGACAGAUUUACUCUGCUCUCUAGAAAGACGAAGUUUGUUUAUAUUUGACAUGCGCUUACCCGUUGUGGAACGAACAGCAUAUACAAAAGGGCGUCAGCUUUUUCGACUACAGCUGAUAGCAAAUCUCCUACCACUUAGAAUAGUAUCAAUUACAUUUCUCAUGACUACUGCCUCCACUUCUGUGGUCGGACUCCUCUUGUCUCAUAAUUGUUGAUAGCUCUAAAAGCAACCAUGCGAAAAAAUAACAUACCUCUUUCAUUAAUAGAGACUGCACAAUUUCGACUUUCUUCAUUUCAAGUCACACAAUAAAUUUCAUCAAUGUAAUGAACAAAAUUCUACGAUCUAUAAAAUAUGUUGAUCUAUCAUAACAGUGAUAUCUAGACCUCUGUAGUACCUGGAGCUUUGGAUGUUGUGUUGAAUCUAUUAACAGAUUGACCACAACUUCGUUACCGUUAUCUCCCAGCCGCUUUUUACAAAGCAACCACAUUUCAGACACGUUUGCAGGUUCCGAAUUGUCAGUUUCGAACAUCUCGUGUUUUAGAUAAGCGUAACACUUCAUUUACGUAUUAUUUAAAUGCAGUAAUGCUAGAUUAUUGGAAAAAUGAUAUUUGUCAAUUUCAAUCUUUGAGGUGAAAAGUUCUUCGUGAUGGCAUUUCCUGUACACUUGCACGCUUUUAUACAAGCUCUGUGUUUACUGGUAUAUUCCAACACGUAUCUCAUUGUGGUUAAUGCUUAAAUAUCUCCAGUAAUCAUUUUAUUUCUUAAAAUACAAGAAAGGACGUGAAUCUGGGCUAGGUGUUUUUUUUCUUGACUCUUCUUUUCAUUUUAAAGAACUAGGUUGAAGUUCGUCACAUUUAAAACUAUGCUUUCCAACACAUUAGCAGACAAAUGCUAUUUGCUCAAAGACGCCGGAGCAAAAGAGGGAACAACUGAGAAGGCCAGUGCGUACUGAAGUUCGAACCUCACGCAAUCGCCAUGGCACCACCACUGUUUUUCAAAAACUACAUGGGAAUAUUCCGGAACAUGUGCACUCAAAAAAGUGCGAAGAAUUUCGUGCUGAUGUCGUCGUAAUGGAAUGAUACUUAUUUACAGUGACUAACGCGUAUCGAAGAUUAUCAGCAUUAAUGGAAAGUAGCUAUUAUUACACUUGUGAAAUAUUGCACAAGCCUUUGUAGGAAACUAAAGUUGUUAGAUUCUUUCAGCCAUAAAGAGAGAAUUAUGUGCAUUUCGUAAGACUCAGUAACGUAAGACCUACUUACUCUGCGUUAAAAGGACAAGCCUACCAGUUUCUGAAUAGCCUACCAGUUUCAUAUCUCGGCGUAACUGUUUACUAGUAUCCUCUAAAUUGUCUUAGACCGACGGUAUUCACUUUUUCCUUCCAAUCGCCAAUAUCUCUCUCUCUCUUUCUCACACACACCACAUGCAAAUUUGUCACAUGUGUAACGUCUCACGUCGCCCCGUUGGAAGGGUGUCUGCUUAUGCAAGUCCUGGUCAGCAUGUUCACUGUUCCAUAUGGAUUCUCCACAAACUUCUGUUGGCAUUCUUUAUUCCCUGUAAUACAGCCAUGUUUCGUCGGUUCUACGGUUUUAAGAUUAUUUGUAGAUGGUCAUUUGAGCAGUUCUUGGCCUCCUAUUUUCCAGCAAUCAUAUCAAUCCACUAACGCAUCUAUUCCAAAUUUUCAUAAAAACGAUUUGUUUAAGGAAGUGCUUCGUUCAUGUCCGAUAUUAUUUUAAACUAGUAGGUUUUCCGUCUGCAUUCGCCUCCUUCCUACGUCUGUUUGGUUUGUAAUAGCUCCUUUUUUAAUUCCCACGCUUAUUAGAACCACUUCUUAUGAUUUAUCACACCAUUCCCAGUCUUGUAUUUCCACCUUGAUUCUCGUUUCCAGCACUGAUUUUCAUCUCUGACCUUUUUGUCGUGUUACAAACCCCUGUUAGUACCACUAAUCUUCGUUCUAAGCCUCUUCUUAGCACGAAUGUGAAUACAGAAGUGUAUCUAUUACUGAAAUAGUACCCCUUACCGCCUUUGCUACAUAUAAAGGCAAACUCCUAAACAACAGUACGUUUCAUUAGACAAUAACUUGUCAGUAAAGUCUCAUUUCUAAGUCUCAAAAACGGAGUCCAGGUGUUAAGAGAGUUACACUGAUGUAGCCACAAGCUACAGUUCACAUAACAUAACCCAGAAGAACAACCCCACAUCCUUAUUUCUCCCAAAUACGUGUAAGACAUUGAAAAACAAACAAAAAAAAACUUCGUCAGAAGACUUCUUUCGUAAUUCUGUCAGCAAUAGAACAGGAAAAAUACAUGUUUUAUCGAGGAAUAUUUCUACCUCCUUGAAACACAGCCUUUGGAAUCACUGUAGAUUUAAACAAACAUUUGUCUUGAAAUGUAGGUUACGCUAACUAAUAGAAAUGCUGCCCACUCAUUCAGUUUAUCUGAUGUUCAAUUAUUCUCAGUUAAGUGUACAUUCAGUCAAAUGAUCCAAUUUCAUUUUAAGGCAAGUACUAUAUUUCAUGUACCAGAUGCAUGGUGAGGGGAUGUAAAACGGCUUUCGUAUGAAAUGUGCCCAAUCUUCGUUAGUAUGAAUGUUCUUGAACUUCCUCUUUGUGUUGAUUCAAUACCUUGUCAGUUUGCUGUGUAAAUAUUUCUAAGCAUUAACUGUUAGCUGAUUUUGUAAAUCUUUCUAAGAAUGGGGAAAACUGUGACAACAAAUAAAUAAAAAUCUUUAUAAGAAAAUA